CAUAACCUCAUACCUUCUUUCUUGUUCGCCAAAACGUAGGCAGAGCCAAAACGCCUUCUAAGUUCUUACGCAGCCCUAGCCCUCUUCCCAUACAGCAACAAAGCAGCUCCCUUUCUGGCUCGUUUCCCCAGCCGCUAAAAGGGUUUUCUUUCUCUCCGUACUAGUGGAUCCGUGUACGCUGAGAGCUGUGAUGUUAUUUUCCAGGGGAUUUUCUCGGAUUUCUUCCAGGAUUCCGAGAAAGACUAGCUUGGUUGCAUACCGUUUGCUUGUCGCUCCUCGGCCUUACCUACCUUCCAAUCAGACCUACAAUCUUAUUGAUUCCACUUCGAAGGGUGCAGACACAAGAUUGCAGUUUCUAAGUACAAAUGGGUAUUCUGGUAUUCGGCAGUACAGUGUCUUCAAUGAGUUUUCACAGAAGGUUACAGGAGAAGCUGAUAGGAAUCCAGAAUUUCAACAAUCUGUGAAAGAACUAAAGGACAAGGCAGAAGAACUAAAAGGGUUGAAAGACGACUUAAGAAUUAGAACAAAGCAAACAACUGAGCGGCUGUACAAGCAGGUUGAUGGUGUGUGGACGGAAGCUGAAGCUGCUGCAAAGAAGGUUUCUGCCAGUGUAAAGGAAAAGAUUUCAGCUGCUGGUGAAGAGGUUAAGGAGACAUUUGGGAUUGGGAAGGAAUCUGCAGGGGCUGCUGGCACAAGCACCACACAUAAUGCUGAUGUAAAGGAUGCAGGUAAGGCAUCCUUUUGGGAAGAAAAACAGCAGCAUUCUGCCUUUACCAAUUCUGCAGAAGCAGAAUUUUCAGGGCCUGCUGGGACAACCAAUGCACAUGGUGCUGAUUGGAAAGAUGGAGGUAAGGCAUCCUCUGGUGAAGAGAAAGAGCAGAAGUCUGAAACCACUGAUGCUCCAGAAACUUUAUUUGGAAAAUUUAAAUCAAGCAUUUCUUCCCCUAAGGUUUCAAUGGCCUUCCAAAAAUUGAAAGAAGGGAAGGUCAUUGAUUUAGCAAAGAAGGGAUAUGACAUUGUAAAGGAUGAGUUGAGCGGUAGCCCAAGUAGGAGAAAGCACCUGGAACAUAAUCCUUCCCAGUCAACAGUUGAAAGAAGUACAAGAACUGAUGUUGUUGUUGUACCCUCAAAGGAGCCUAAAUGGCGUAAAAAAUGGGAGUCACUGAAACAGAAGAUGCAAGGUCAUCCUAUGUUCAAGCGUAUUAGUGGUUUAAGCGAACCUGUUGUGAACAAGAGCCAGGAGAUUGCAGAGGACAUGCGGGAAAGAUGGGAGACUAGUGAUAACCCAAUUGUCCACAAAAUUCAGGACAUCAAUGAGACAAUUUUUCAGGAAACUGAUGCCGCAGCAUCCUACAAGGAAAUACGCCGUCGAGAUCCGACAUUUUCUUUGCCGGAUUUUGUGGCAGAAGUUCAGGAAGCUAUCAAACCAGUCCUUACUGCAUAUAUGAAAGGAGAUGUUGAGACCUUGAAGAAGUACUGUAGCUCUGAAGUAAUGGAACGGUGUAAAGCAGAGCAUGCAGCUUAUCAAGGUCAUGGUAUAUUUUUUGAUAACAAGAUUCUUCAUAUUUCUGAAGUUGAAGUAAGAGAAACCAAAAUGAUGGGAACCUCUCCUAUCAUCAUUGUAGGGUUCCAAACACAACAAAUAUACUGUGUCCGUGAUCGAAAUGGAGCAAUAACAGAAGGGGGAAAGGACACAAUCCACACUGUGUAUUAUGCCUGGGCAAUGCAACAA